GAUAUAUGUAAGCCGUAUGUUGUGUUUGCGAGAUUGCGUGCGUGAUACAUAACGUGAAAAGCUGGAUAUCCACUCUAUCCAUUUCCUUCCGAGAAAUGAGCACAUCCAACAGCGAUAAAAAAACGCCGGGUGUGGAAUUCGCGAUCGGCGCCUUGGCGGCUGUAGGCGCUGGCUUCUUCACGAACCCCGUGGAUGUAGUGAAGGUACGACUGCAGUUGCAGGGUGAACUGGAAGCGCGCGGUUCGUACAAGAGGAUAUACAAAAACACUGCGCACGCGGCAUAUCUCAUAGCCAAGCACGAGGGCGCGCUUGCCCUGCAGGCCGGUCUCGUACCCGCCCUCGCUUUCCAAGUCGUGCUCAACGGUAUUCGUUUGGGCGCGUACAAAUCCGCACAGAGAUACGAAUUGAUCGUCGACGCGCAAGGCAACACCGAUGUCCUGCGGACCGCUUUGGUGUCCGGCGUCGCCGGUUGCGUCGGCGCCGCGCUCGGCAGUCCAUUCUACUUGGUCAAGACGCAGUUACAAGCGCAAUCUGCGACAUCCAUUGCCGUGGGCUAUCAGCACAGUCAUUCGGGAUCGUGGGACGCUUUUAAAUCUCUGUGGGCGGAAGGCGGUGUCCGGGGACUAUAUCGAGGAUGGCAGGCCGGAUUGCCGCGCCUGUUCGUCGGCUCGUCGACGCAGUUGACUACCUUCGGAUUAGCGUCCGAUUGGUUACGCUCGCUGGAUAUAUUUCCAGAUCGUCCGAUAUUGUUGACCUUCUUGGCCGCCGCAAUCGGAGGCAGUUGCGUAGCCGUUGCCAUGCAGCCGUUCGAUGUUCUGGCGACACGGUUGUACAAUCAACAGACAGACGCAACCGGGAAGGGUGCCUUGUAUAAAGGACUCGGAGAUGCGCUUAUCAAGAUAUUUCGUACAGAGGGUUUGACCGGCCUAUACAAAGGAACGUUUCCAACAUGGAUGAGAAUAGCGCCGCAUACGGUUUUGUGCUUGGUAUUUUAUGAGAAACUGGAUCAAUUAUACGAUAAGCUUAGAAUACGAUGAGUACUAGUGUAUUUUGGAAAAAAUAAAUUAUAUAUUUACUCUA